ACAAGCAUACCAGUAUACGUGGAGGAAAACCCUGUGAAAUUCGCGAUUUUCUUUAUCAACCCUUGCAUGUUUGAUUUUCAUUUACAUGGCCAGGCCAAGAAUACAACGUGACUCAAUAUAAGACACACAGACUAACACACAAGCACAAAGCUCCCACUCACACCCACACACUCACACUUGUAUCUAAAUGGACAUUCGAAGUCCUGGCUGGUUACGCCCGGAUACGGCGUUGUUAUCACAUGCCGCUGGCGAUUUUAACACUCAUUCGUCUUCGUUCCAACUGGGCGAGGAAGUCAGAGAUAUGUGCCUCGGUUGCCUCUACUCCCUGGAUUCCCUUGGUCGCCUCGUCCUGGCGCCUGUCCGUGUAAAUUCCUUUAUGCCGCCUUCUCCGGUUUACACAUAGUAUCUGUGUGUGUGUUGGCCGAGUGUUGUUGGUUUUGGGCACGUUUUGGCUUUGAUAAGUUGGCCAAGAGUGGGUUGGUCUGAGUGUGGCUCGGCUCCUUCAUUCAUAUUCAUUCAUUAUUAGAAAAAUUUAACUUUUGCUCGCUCUUUGGCUCUUUCCACCUGUCUGUCCUUAUAUAUAUAUAAUAUGUCCGUGUGUAAGUGUGUGGCUGAUGUCCUUUUGGUUAGACCGUUGGUCUUUUGGCCUGGUCAGCGAGCUAAGCCGUUCAGUCUGCCAACAAGACUGCUGCCAGCCAGACAAAAAUCUGGCUAGUCUACAAAAUUAAAUAAAAUCAAACAAUAGCUUAAACAUAAAAUAAUCAAUUGUUAAAAUUAGUUCAAAAUCAAUUGAAGUAUUUAGCUAAAAGUGUCUUGAAUUAAAUAGAACAACUCCGGAGUUACAUCGCCGCAUCAACUAUCCGUAACCUGGGCUCCGCCAUGCGACUUGAAUAGAGGUGGCUGGCAGAUGCAGAGUAGCGCCGAUGCCAAGAGAGAUAUCUACAGAGGCCAGAAAGGACGAAGAGCUGCUUCCCAGGAAGAGCAACGCACCUACGAGCUGAACGACUUUCCAUCACAAUACCAGAGCAGUGACGCUGAGAGCUGCCACCUGGAGACACCAGGCAUCGGAAUUGGCAUUGCGACCGAGGAUGGCGGCGCCGGCGACAUUGACGAUGAGGAGGACUACUCAAUUUCCGUAUCGGCAAUAAUGCAGAGACGUGCCAGUGUGCGCGGCUAUCGAGGCAAACGUGGCAGUCGGAGUUCGCGACGGGCAUCCAGUCCCAUGGAUCACGUCCUGGAUAGUGUGGAGCGGCGGCGCUCGAGUGUCUAUACGACCAGUUCAGAAGAGGGCACCAAUCAGGAGUCCACCCAGGAGCAAAUCUUUGAGAACAUACGCCUACAUAAGGAGGUCAUACAGUCGGUGAAGCUACAGCCAUGGCCCAUUCGGAAGAAGCUCAAGCUGGUGCGGCAGGCCAAAACAUAUGUGGCACGCCACGAGGGCGCGCUCCAGGAGCGCUUCGCCAUGUCACGCAGCACGAGGGACUUGUGGGCGAGGUUUAAAAUUUUAAUGGCGGCAAGAUGGCGCCACUGGAAACGUGAGACGGCCAGCUUCCUUACCGUCCUGAUACCCUGGGAGCUGAGAAUCAAGGAAAUCGAAUCGCACUUCGGAUCCGGGGUGGCCUCUUACUUUACAUUCCUGCGCUGGCUUAUGUGGGUCAAUAUCAUGAUUGCCAUUCCGCUGGUGGCCUUUGUCAUUGGCCCGGAGUAUUUUGCCACCAAACCCGAUGAAACGGAUCCGAGAAAGAAAAUGUCCGAUCCGGAAAAGCGGGUGGCUGGAAAUCUUUUCACGUUUUGGGAGUUCGAAGGAUACUUGAAAUAUUCACCAAUGUUUUAUGGCUACUACUCAAGCACUUCCGGCAUUAGCACGUCCGGAUAUAAACUGCCCCUGGCCUAUUUCCUAACCGCCGUCCUAGUCUAUAUAUACAGCUUUGUGGCCACUCUUAGGAAGAUGGCGGAAAACUCUCGCAAUUCGAAACUUUCCUCGAAGGACGACGAGUGUGUUUUCUCGUGGAAACUCUUUACCGGCUGGGACUUUAUGAUUGGACACGCGGAGACGGCCCACAAUCGCAUCGCAUCCGUGGUGGUGGGCUUUAAGGAGGCGCUGCUGGAAGAGGCCGAGAAGAAAAAGGAUAAUCGCAACUGGCGGGUGAUACUCCAGAGGAUACUGGUCAAUAUCCUGGUAAUGGGGCUGCUGGGCUUGUCCGGUGCCACGGUGGUGUUGUUGGUUAAUCACUCUGAGGACUUGGCGAAACAUGACAACUGGCUGAGCCGCAAUGCCGUGAAUGUGACCAUGACCCUCUUGUCCUUUUUCCUGCCCAUGAUAUUUGAGGCCCUGGGUUUGUUUGAAAACUGGCAUCCCAGGCAGCAACUCAGAUUGCAGUUGGCCCGGAUUAUGAUACUCAAUAUGCUUAACUUGUACUCGCUGAUGUUCUCCUUCAUAUACAAGAUCAAUAGCAAGGAGAGGCCCCUACAGAUGCUGAAAAAGGAGAAUGAAACCAAUACUCUGGAGCUGCAAAAUCUGCUGAGCUCCAUUGAGGCGUUGAGGGCCAUGGCGCCGAGUACUUCCUCGUUUGGCGAGAGCACUACGGAUGGACUCUUUGACGAUACCACCUCGACCUGGGGUGAGGAUAGUACCUUUGAUGGUCUGUUUUCAACAACGGCAGCUGCAGCUUUGGUCUCCACGGGACUGCGGCGUCUAAAGUGCUACAAUAUGACCAUAUACUGCUCACCGCCAAUACGAACUAUUGUCAACGCAAAGAACUUCACCACCACACUGAUGCUGCUUAAUCUGACGACUCCGGCGCUUGUGCCUCCAACCACAACCACCUUGACAACCACCUUGCCAACCACCUGGCCAACUACCUUGCCUACGACGACAACCACAAUUUCAACUACCUGGAGUACAACAGAACCACCAACACCCACGACGACAACCACACCUUUUACUACCUUGCCGACGACGACUACGACGGAGGCGACAACCACAACCGAAAAACUGACGACAACAACCACAGAAGCGCCAACCACAAGCAGCUUAAUAACUAGCACCACAACAACUGAAACUCCAACCACAAAGCCAAUAACUAAUGCAACUACAGAGUCUACAACGAAUUCAACUCCAAUAUCAACAACUAAUAGUGCAACUUCCAGCACAGCAGGAGCUAAUAACACAGCUCCAAUAAAUUUAACAACAAUCGAAACAACAACCACCACCACCACAACAACUAAGGCACCGAAGCCAGAGGAUAGCUUUUCGUACACCACCCAGGAGGAUGAGGACUCCUAUGACUACGGAAGUGAUGAGCCACUGGCCUCCGCCUCAACUAGUUCCGACGAUGAAGAAUACUCGGACUACACGGACUACUCUUCCAGCUCGCCUGUCUUUGAGGAAGUUGAUGAACAGGCAGACGAUCCCCUGGCCAAAGUUUUGGAGCAAGUAGACGAGCUGGAGAAUUCAGAGUCCAAAGUCCGAGCCAAAAGAGACGUAGGAGACUUGCCCAUCUGGACCAGUAGGUAUAGUCGAAGGCAUCGUAAUGAGACGGGGGCCUUGGGUGCUGCUUAUGGAGGAACGACGGAAUCGGGCAACACACCUCCCAGCCGGAGACCCAUUUUUUGGACACCAUACAGAUCAACAGCUUCCACCACGACAACCACGAGAAAGCCCCUCAAUAUUCUUAGUAAGGAAGAGUGGCAGAAGCUAAGGGAUUCCUGGAAAUUACCUGGAUCUCGUCAAACCACCACGACAACCACAUCCACAACUACCACCAGAAGGCCAAGGAGAAGAUUUCGGUUCACAACUACAGACCCACCAAGUACCACCGAGGAUUCUACAUCCACAUCGGAAAGUGCUACUGAAUCCUCUACUUCUGACAGCACCACCUUUGAUUACGACAGUAGCAGCUCCACCACCAGCGAGGACGAUAUGUUUACAGACCGAUACGGAAAGACUCCCUACUACAUCGGCUACGGGGACGUGGCGGGGAUGGGGAACACCAUCUACUACGACGAGAACAGCGAGUAUCUGGAACUCUGUGUGAUAACCGUUUGCCCCAAGGGGGACGAUAUAUUCGGCGCUGGCUUCAGCACCACCGACAGUCCGGACACCACCACUCCGGGUGCUGGUGGGAAGCAUCUGGCCACCGUGAAACUCACGCCACUGGAGCGGAAGCAGAAGCGACUCAAGGAAGUGCAGCUGGCGAUUAAGCAAAUACAGACCAAUUUGACUACCAUGUGCUGGGAGACCUCGCUGGGCCAGGAGCUGUCCAAAGUCAUCGUUUUCGAUGGGCUUAUGUCCAUUGUGGCGCCGCUGUGCAUUGACUUUCUGCGCGCACUGUUCGUGCGGUAUGUCAAUCAAAACUGGUGCUGGGACAUGGAGAAGACCUUUCCCCAGUACGGGGACUUCAAGAUAGCCGAGAACAUCCUGACGUUGAUUAAUAACCAGGGACAGGUGUGGAUGGGCAUCUUCUUUUCGCCGGGCCUGGUGCUCAUCAACCUGGUCAAAUUGAUGAUCAUGAUGUACUUCCGCUCCUGGAUAGUGCUCACCUGCAACGUGCCCCACGAAGUGGUGUUCAAGGCAUCCAAGUCAAACAACUUCUACCUGUCGCUGCUGUUGACCAUGCUUUUCCUUUGUGUCCUGCCCGUGGGCUACGCCAUCGUGUGGCUGCGUCCUUCCUGGCACUGCGGACCCUUUUCGGAGUACAAUCGCAUAGCGGAGUUCAUCACCAACACCACCCGGAACGCCCUGCCCCAACAACUCCAUGAGCCCCUGGAUUACCUGACGUCCUCGAGCACCGUGAUACCCCUGCUCCUGCUGCUCAUCCUCAUCAUCUACUAUUUGGUUUCCCUGACGGGAGCCCUACGCGAGGCCAACCAGGAUUUGAGGACCCAGCUGCAGAAGGAACGUGAGGAAGAGCGCAAGAAGAUCUUCAAGGUGCCGGAGGUGAAGCAGGCGGAACCCUCGGCCACUACGCUAACGAAUCGCUGGCGCAAGGUCCUCGAGGCCAGCUCCCCGGUCACGCCCACCCAGGCCCCAGACUUUGACACGGAGGAGUACAAGAACCAGGCUCGCAAAGAGCUAAUCUCACGCAUCAUGAAAAAGGCGCUGCGCAAGGGAUCCGCCACCUCCGACGAGGACUCCUUUGUGCGGCGCGACGACGACGACACGGACACCGAGCACCAGGACUCACUGCCCCACGACGAGGAGGCCAAGGACCGGCGCUUUGGACUGUCACGACUGCAACAGAUCCGACGCACCCGGAAGCCAUCUCUGGUGGACAUUGUGCAGAUUGCCAAACAGGAGCGGGCCCGAGCCGGAUCUAUUGCGGCCGGGAGCAGCGGCAAUUCCGGAUUGCAGCAACAGGGAAGCGCAGGCAAUUUUCCCGUAAAGGAGCCCCAUCCCAAGAGUCGCUUCAAGGUGGAGAAACACGAGCGCAGGGAUAGGGGCACCGUGAAAGAGAAAAAGGACACCAAACACAAGCAGCCGCAACAGCAACCGCCACCCUACGAAUCGCCCAAGGACAAUGAACAUGAUCCGGAUACAAAUUUAAGGAUUGUCAGCGAACGCCGCGCCAGCCUGCUGCGACGCAACAAGGAGCAGCAUCAGGGCGAGGACGAGAAUGCUGAACCACCGACACCCGAUCCACCCCAGACGCCCAGUGUGGAAGCCGAUACGGCGGAGCAAACACCUCCGGAAGAGUCCACACCCGAAACGCCCACACUGGCCAAGAGCAAAUUCCACAUAGUUGACGAAAAAAAGCCGCCGCAGGAUAGCGACGAUAAGCCGUUGCCAACAGCCAAGGAGAGUGCUGCCACAGGAAGUGGCGGUGGAGGUGGUCUGGAGGCCAUCGGACUAGGAAAGUUCAAGUUCCGCAAGCACAAAAUGAAGUCAAAUAAUGCGGUCACUAAGCCGGAGCCCGAAGUCUUCAAAUUCGAUGAGCGAAGUGUUGAAAAGAGUAGCGCUGUGGCUACCACCCCAGCUCCGGAGCACCUGAACAGCGAACUAUCCGGCGUAGAGGAAACGGAGCGCAGCCUGCCUUCUCCCACUCCCAGCCAGGGUCAAGGACCGGGUCACCAUCAACGGCAGUUGUCCGUGCUCUCCCGUCAAGGGCGGAAAAAAAUCGGUAAUCUGUUGGCCCUCGUCCGCGAGGCUGUUAACCUCAAAAAAGACGAUGUGGAGCAGCAGGCGGGUUCGGAUGAAUCCCCCGGUCCCACCACGCCUACCUACCUGGCCUAUACACCACCACCACCACCGUCAGUAUUGUCGAGCGUGUCCAGCUCCACGGCUCUAGAAAUGCCACCCACACCAGAACCGGAAUCGCCGACACCCAGUGCUCCCCUGCACUUCGGAUGCAGUACAUCCUCCCGGCCGCCAGUUAAGCCGCCCAAGCCACCGCCACCAGUUAUUGCGGCUGGCGCUACAGCACCCACCGCCACCAUAGACGAUCUCGAGGAACUGGAUCUACCGGGACCCAUCACCUUUCCCAAACGUAGCACCUCCCAGAGACGUCGACCCAUGCGGCAGGACUCGCAGAGCUCGAUUUGGUCGGAUAACAUACCCACCAUCACAAUCAGCACCACCGGCAGCGAUGAGUGCAUUGUGGACGCAUCCACUCCGGAGAACGGGUUGCCCGAAUCGCGUUGUGGUUCCCCCACAGGUCCUACGGUCAAUAUUAUUAAGAUUAACAUUGAGGAUAGGGAGGAUGAGCAGGAUAAGUAACGUGCCUUCCGCAUAAGUGCCUUUAUCGCCAGAUUGUCUUCUUAAUUAACGAAUUAGUAAUGUUCUUCCCACUCCAAUCUACUCAGCUUGAAUCUCGUUCUUCAGCAUUUUGGUAUUCUCUCUACUCUCUAGCUAAAAAUUCCAUUUCCCUAAGAAACUAUAAUAAAGUCAGUAUUGCA